AUGGUUUUAACAAGAUUAGCAUCGCAGUCAUCAAGAUAUCCCAUUCAUACAGUUGUUGUUAUUUCAUUACUUGCUACGACUGCGUAUAUUCGUCUCUUUGAAAUUGUCAGACAAGGUGGUAUUGAUUUCGGAGCAUCUUUUACGAAUAAUCUUAAUCUUGAUUUUCGAAGUAUAGAAGGAGUUUUAGCAGGAACUAAAACUCAAAAUGGAGAAUGGAAUUGGGAAUAUAGUCAAAAUUCAUAUAAUAGUGAUACAAAUUCAUUAGUUCUAAAUGUUCUUCAAUUUGUUCAUCCUCGCUCGGAUAAACGGGAAGAGUUUAUAGAUUUAUUCUAUGAUAUGUGUUUUAAAAAAACCAAUGCUAAUAACUGUCUUUUUUAUGGAAAUGAAACAUCUUCUAAGAUUAUAUUAAAAGAUCUUUCACCAUUGAUGGUAUUUGAGUUAGAACAGCGUAUUCAAAACAUAAGAACAGAAGAUUUAAUUUAUUCAAAAACAAAGCACCGUUUACAGCAAAAUAUAAAUGGUCCUAGUAUAUUGUUUUAUUGGUUACGUAACAAUACUUAUACUAUCAUUGAGAAAAUAUGGAGACAUAUUAAAGAUACUGAUAUAAUUGAUAUUGUAGUGUUACUUAUUGGGUAUAUGUCUAUGAAUCUUUUAUUUGUCUCACUUUUUCUUAAUAUGAGAACGUUGGGAUCUGAUUUCUGGCUUGCAGCAGUAGUUUUGACUUCUGGCACAUUUGCAUUUCUGUUUGCACUUAAUAUAGUUAAUUACUUUGGAGAUCAUAUAAAUCCAUUACUUUUAUCAAAAAAAAUUCCUUUUUUGGCUGUUACUGUUGGGUUUGAAAAGCCAAGUUUAUUAACUAGAGCUGUAAUACAUUCAUCCUCGAAUAUUGAUACAAAUCCUAUAAGGGAAAACGUAAUAAACGCUGUUAAAGAUAAAGGAUGGAUAAUUGUUCGUGAUUAUUUAUUUGAAAUAGGGAUAUUGGUAUUAGGUGCAAUGAGUCGUGUAGAUGGCUUAAAUCAGUUUUGCAAAGUUGCUGCAUGGAUAUUGGGAUUUGAUUGUCUACUUUUAUUUACAUUUUAUAUAGCUGUUUUAACUAUAAAGUUAGAGAUAAAUCGUAUUAAACAACGAGCUGGUAUUAAACGAAUUUUUGAAAAAAAUAUGAUAUUACAUGAUACUAUAUAUAAUACAUCAGAAAUUAGUUCUUAUAAACAAAAUAGUACUAUGAAUGGAAAAAAAUUUACGAAUAUUGGCAUAUACAGUGUUUUUGGAUACCAUAAUGUUAAAGAAUUAAACAUAAGCAGAUUUAAAUUAGUAAUGACUAUUUGCUUUUUUCUUAUUAAUUUUCUUAAUUUAUGCACAUUUCCAUUUCAAACUGUUAAUCAUUUGAAAUCGUCGUCAAAUCAAGAGUUCAGAAUAAUUAAGAUUAAUCCUCUUGAAGUUUAUGAAAUUCAGGGUCUUCUUAAAAAGUUGAUUAAUGAUAUUGAUCCAUCAGUUCAAAAGAUCUUAUUGAAUGUGUUACCUGUAUUCACUCUUAAAGCUAUAAAUAGGCCUUCUUAUAUUGAGUUUCUACUUCAGGUUCUUGAAUUGUGGGCAAAAUGUAUUUCAGACCCUGUGAUGAGUAAAUGGAUUAUGAUUAUAUUGGUCUUAAGUAUCAUAUUUAAUGCAUAUUUAUUUAAUGUGACUCGCUGGAUUACUCCGGUUCAAACAUUACCAGAAACUCAGAAAUCAUCUUAUGUAGUUGAUAACAUUGAGAAUGUUAAUAAUAGUUUUAAUUAUUUAGAGAAAAAUAUAGAUAAUGACAUUAAUGACGGAAAAUUAAGAUCUAUUGAUAAAUGCGAGCAAUUAUUAAAACAGGGUCUUUCUCAUCUACUUACGGAUGAGGAAGUUGUACAUUUAGCUUUGAAUUCUAAAAUUCCAGGUCAUGCAUUAGAAAAAGUCCUUAAUGAUCCAGAAAGAGCUGUUAAAAUUCGAAGAUCAUUUAUUUCACGGAAAUCUCAUACAAAGACUUUAGAAACGUCUGCACUACCCUUUAAGAAUUAUAAUUAUGCACGUAUUCUGGGUGCAUGUUGUGAAAAUGUUAUUGGUUAUAUGCCGAUUCCUGUUGGAGUAGCUGGACCAUUAUUGAUUGAUGGAGUUAAUCUAUACAUACCAAUGGCAACAACUGAAGGCGUACUUGUGGCAAGUACUGCUAGAGGAUGUAAAGCUAUUAAUGCUAGCGGAGGAGUUACAACUAUUUUAGUUCAAGAUCAAAUGACACGAGGCCCUUGUGUUUCAUUUCCUACUGUUUCACGGACAGGCAUGGCAAAACUAUGGUUAGAUAGUGAAACAGGUCAAAAAGCUAUUAAAAAGGCAUUUAAUUCAACUAGUAGAUUUGCUCGUCUUGUUGGCACAAAAACAGCUAUAGCUGGCACUAAUUUAUAUAUAAGGUUUUCUACAACUACAGGUGAUGCUAUGGGAAUGAAUAUGGUGUCAAAAGGAGUCGAAAAUGUUUUAAGGACAAUGACGGAAGAUUUGGGAUUUGAUGAUAUGAAAAUAAUUUCAAUUUCAGGGAACUAUUGUACUGACAAAAAACCUGCUGCUAUAAAUUGGAUUGAGGGCCGCGGAAAAAGUGUUAUUGCAGAAGCUGUAAUCUUAAAAGACAUUGUUAAAUCAGUUCUUAAAUCUAAUGUUGAUGAUCUCGUAGAAUUAAAUAUUUCAAAAAAUUUAGUUGGAAGUUCUAUGGCAGGAAGUAUUGGAGGAUUCAAUGCACAUGCUGCUAAUAUUGUUGCUGCUCUCUUUAUUGCUUUAGGACAGGAUCCAGCACAAGUUGUAGAGUCAGCUAAUUGCAUAACUCUAAUGAAAAAUAUAAAUGGUAAUCUUCUUAUAACUGUUUCAAUGCCCUCAAUUGAAGUUGGAACUAUUGGUGGCGGAACUAUAUUAGAACCACAAGGUGCAUUAUUAGAUUUACUUGGAGUCCGUGGGCCUCAUCCAACAUCACCUGGUGAUAAUGCAAAACGACUUGCCAGAAUCGUUGCUGCUGCUGUUCUUGCUGGUGAACUUAGUCUUUGUUCUGCUCUUGCAGCUGGUCAUCUUGUAAGAAGUCAUAUGCAGUACAAUCGUAGUACAUUAAAUACACCUACAUCUACUUGUUCGAACACACCAAAAUUACCUACUGUUCCAACAGAGUGCUAA